UUAGAUUGUGGUCCAUUGACAGCGACAGCUGCACAAACUUUACAGAAUGAUUUGGAUAACAGGGUUACUCUUAACUGGACUUCUCGCUAUGUUUUACAUCUACAUGAGGCGCACAAGACGGAGAAACGAGCCCCCACUGGACAGAGGGAGGAUUCCUUGGCUUGGACAUGCUCUUGAGUUUAAGAACGAUGCUGCCCAGUUUUUAACACGGAUGAAACAAAAUCAUGGAGACAUCUUUACAGUGUGUGUAGCUGGGAAUUACGUGACUGUACUGCUGGAUUCGAACUGCUAUGAUGCUGUCCUUGCGGACACACACUCCCUGGAUCUCACUCCCUAUGCUCAGCUUCUGAUGGAGAGGAUCUUCAGCCUUCAUCUGCCUAAUCAUGAUCCAGUAUCUGAGAAGAAGAGGGUAGCACUAUAUUUUAAGGAGCCUAAUUUAUCUCAAAUCUGCAUUUCAAUGCAAAAAAACCUGCACUUCCUUAUGACAUCAGAAAUAACCCAGGAAACAGCUGAGUGGAAAAAGGACAAACUCUUCAGCUUCUGUUACACCUUGCUCUUCAAGGCUGGUUAUCUUACUCUCUUUGGCACAGCUAAUAAUAACAGUGCUACAUUAACUGAGGUUUAUGAGGAAUUUCGGCAGUUCGACAAGCUUCUGGUUAAACUAGCACGACAGACCUUGCCAAGAGAUGAGAGAAGAAUUGCCAGCUCAGCACAAGAGCGACUAUGGGAACUUUUGUGCCCAGCCUACUUAAUCAAGGGAGCUGAGGCCCAGUCCUGGCUACAGACCUACUUGGUGCAGCUGGAGCAGCUGGGCCUCGACACUAAUAUGCAACAGCGAGCCAUGCUGUUCCAGCUGUGGGUCACACAGUGUAAUGCAGGACCAGCUGCAUUCUGGAUGCUGGGCUUCUUGCUCACCCACCCUGAGGCUCUGAGAGCCGUUAGAGAAGAGCUACAAGGCCUGAAGCACCCGUUGAGCAAAAGAGAAAACACACCAGUGUUCAACAGUGCCCUGAACGAGACGUUGCGGCUCACUGCAGCAGCACUCAUCGUGAGAGAAGUGAUGUAUGAUAAAAUGGUUCGCUUGAGCAGUGGCCAAGAACACCUCCUGAGGCGAGGAGACCGCCUCUGUAUCUUCCCCUUCCUCAGUCCACAAAUGGACCCUCAGAUCCACCAUGAGCCAGAGAAGUUCAAGUUUGACCGCUUCCUAAAUGCUGACGGCACAGAGAAGCAGGACUUCUUUAAGGAAGGUCUGAGGAUGAGGUACGGCAACAUGCCUUGGGGAACCGGCAGCAACUUAUGUCCAGGCCGCCAUUUUGCUGUUAGUGCUUUAAAACACUUUGUGUUCAUGAUCCUGACACGCUUUCACCUGGAGCUGUGCGAUGGCAACGCGAACAUGCCAGUUGUGGAUACCAGCCGCUAUGGGUUCGGGAUACUCCACCCAGCUGGGGAUUUAGAAAUCCGCUUCAAACCCAGGGAGUGAUUCUAUGAUAUCUCCACAAUCAACGCUGUACAUAAUUCGGUAGCUUCACUGUUUAUUUAAGAAUGUGUACUCGUAUGUUCAUCUGUUUUGUACAACCAUUUUGCCUGUUAUUUAUUUGAUUA